ACCUCCCAGUUGCUCAGCCUCUUCUCCUCUCCAGCUAGCUCGAUCUCCCUAUAAAUACUCCCGCUCAUUGCUGCAACGAGCAGGCGAUCAACUGAGCAAGCGAGCUAGCUAGUGUUAGAGCUGCUGCUGCUGCUUCUUCUUCUUCUGCCUCCUGAACUCACGUCCUGCGCACGUAGAGCUACUAGCUAGCUAGCUUAGGUCGUCAGAAAUGGCCAGCAACGCCGCCUCGAGAACAAACUCCAGGGCAAACUACUCCAACGAGAUCCAUGAUCUCUCCACGGUGCAGAACGGCAACAUGCCCACCUUGUACUACGGCGAGAAGGCGAUCGCCGACUUCUUCCCUCCCCACCUCCUCAAGAAGGUCGUGUCGGAGGUGGUGGCCACGUUCUUGCUGGUGUUCAUGACGUGCGGGGCGGCCGGGAUCAGCGGCAGCGACCUGUCGCGCAUAUCGCAGCUGGGCCAGUCGAUCGCCGGCGGCCUCAUCGUGACGGUGAUGAUCUACGCCGUCGGCCACAUCUCCGGCGCCCACAUGAACCCCGCCGUGACGCUCGCGUUCGCCGUGUUCAGGCAUUUCCCCUGGAUUCAGGUCCCGUUCUACUGGGCGGCGCAGUUCACCGGCGCGAUAUGCGCGUCGUUCGUGCUCAAGGCGGUGCUCCACCCGGUCUCGGUGAUCGGCACGACCACGCCCGUCGGCCCGCACUGGCACUCGCUCGUCGUCGAGGUCAUCGUGACCUUCAACAUGAUGUUCGUCACGCUCGCCGUCGCCACGGAUACGAGAGCGGUGGGUGAGUUGGCUGGGUUGGCGGUUGGUUCCGCGGUUUGCAUUACGUCCAUCUUCGCAGGGGCAGUGUCAGGUGGAUCGAUGAACCCGGCGCGGACGCUGGGGCCGGCGCUGGCGAGCAACAAGUUCGACGGGCUGUGGAUCUACUUCCUCGGCCCCGUGAUGGGCACGCUCUCCGGCGCGUGGACCUACACCUUCAUCCGCUUCGAGGACACCCCCAAGGAAGGCUCCUCGCAGAAGCUCUCCUCCUUCAAGCUCCGCCGCCUGCAGAGCCAGCAGUCCGUCGCCGCCGACGACGACGAGAUGGAGAACAUCCAAGUGUGAUGAUUGACCUGCUGCCGCUAUGGUCACGGCGCCGUCAUUGUCACUAGCUUAAUUAAGCUUACGUCGUUGUGUGUUUGUUGUCGCGUCGUCAAUCUGCUGCUUCUGCUUGUACCAUGGAUCAGCGCACGCCGGAGAGAGUGUUAUAAAUUAAAAACGCGCGCGCGUACGCGGGGGAAGUGUUGCGCUGGCUUUGCUUGGUUGUCGUGUGGGAUGUACGUAGAGUGCUCGCUCUGUUAAUUCAGGGGCUGGAGCCUGCUAAUUUUGGGCGUGUGCGUGGGCUUGUGCAUCAGUCUGCCGUCAAUUGUGCGUGUGCCAAGUGUAUCUCUCCUGCGGUUGCUUGUUCCACUUCACCCAAAAGUAAUUAAAGGUGUCACGUUCUCUCUCUCCUAUAUAAAA